UGGAUCUGUAAACUACGUGAAAUCAAAGUCUUUGACGUGUUUCAGUGCGUCAUCGUCAAUUCAAUUUCAAUAUAGAACAAUACGUAUUUAAAAUUACUCCAUAUCUAACACAAUAAGUUAUUUGCGUAUUGCGCGUAUGAAAAAAAUUCGAAUCGCGGAAAGAAAAAAUAAGAGUACUUAUUUAAAUCCUAUAAAAAAAAUGCAUGCCGUUCUUUAACUUUUUCAACGAUUGUUUAAGUUUAUCAGAAACAUUCCAAAAAUCGUUUGAAAAUGACUCAUGAAUUUACUAGAGCAGCACGUGCGUUUAAUUCAAAGUUUUUAUUUUCUUGUCUUCGAUCAAUAGAACUAUUCCUCCUUCGAUCUUCCUACUCCGAUCUCUUUUGAUCUUAGUAGACUUAUGAAAGUAAAUAAUUUUUCUUAAAAUAACAGAGAAAGUCGAGUCGAUUGAAAAAAAAAGAAAAAAAAAAGAAAAAAAAGAAGAAAGAAAAAACCCACGUGUUUUCCCAUAAAUUAAAUUAUUCUCUAAAUUGGACUUCAGUUUGUAUUUUUGAUUUCUUAAACGAACGGAUAAAAGUAUUGGUCAGAUUUCUGGGUUAGCGAACUAUAAUUAUUCGUUCCUUUCAUUUCUCACGAAAUCAAAUUCCCGGAAUUGUUCGAACAUUCUUGGAAGAGAUUACCCACGCCAAAUCUGAAGAAAGAUGAAGUCAUUAAUUUGUAGUUUAUGAACGUACUUUCCAAUCAUCAUCUGAAUGAAACGAAUAGUCGCGUUCGAAUGUGUUUGAAUCUAUUCGUGAAUAUCCAAGAAGACUUGUGAACAAGAGUGUGUGUGUGUAUUCGGGUGUGGGCGUGGGUGUGUCAAAUUAUUAUUAUUAUUAUUAUUUAACGAAACGUGUAUAUAAAAAAAUGAAGGAGGAUACUUGACGGACAAGUAACUUGUCAGCUGAAGUGUUCAUAAUUACUAGUCAAGUAUAAAAUUUAAUGGAAAAAUUUGUGCACGUUCAUUCAAAUAUCCAGUAAAUCGUUUUAAAAGCAAACACAUAUUUCUAAUCACGUUUAGAAAGAAUAUUUAAGCCUUGACAAAGAUACUAAAAAUAAGUGAAAUAACUUGGAGAACAAACAAAAGGUGUAACUGCGUACGUUGAUUGAAAAAAAAAAAGAAAAAGAAAAAUAGGAAAAAAGCAAUAAAUAUUCUUCGACGAAGAAGCAAUAUGCCAAUCGUUCGCAAACGACAAAUGGUUUUGGUUUUUCGACGUACCAAGCACGAAACUUGUAUAAUUUCUUUAAAUAUUCCUCGUAACAAGUGACAGAAAAUUUGGAUGUUACUGUUUAUUUAAUCGGAAGAAAAUCAAAUUAAAAAUCAAAAUGUAUCGAAGUAAUUGUUUGGUGAAAAGAAAUGUAUGCAGAAUCAUGGAUAACUCGUGUUCGUUAGUACCUCUCGUCUUAAAACUUCUUCUAAUCUCAAGACUGAUUAUCGUCGAGGGUUCAAUGCCUGUCAUUUAUUCUAUUCCACUGGAAAACAUCACGUCCAUUUCGGAAGAAUACAAAACUUUGCCAUUGGUAGCAAAGUGUUGUCCGAUUAAUGAAAUAUUAAUUCGAGACAAAGGACAGAGUUCAAAAUGCAUUUCAUCGUUGAACUAUUCGUCCGAGUCUAUAUUCUCGCCAUUCUUUUGCGAUUUCAACUCAUCCGGUAUAUUAAUACCGGGGGACAAACAUGACCAUUUCGUUGCAAUCGUUGGCGAACCUUGUCAAUAUAACAGAUAUUUAUUAUCGCCAGAAAUCAAUGUGGAAGAUAAACAUUACCUUUUACUCAAUGGUACGAUUUUUUUACCGGACUCUUUUCCUCGAAUGCUCAUGCCUGGAGUCGAUUAUUGCAUGGAAGUAACACCAACGUUGGGUCUGAUAACGGUGGUCUGUUCUCGGAACGAAGAUAAAAUAUUGAUGGCGGACACUCGAAUCAUUUUUUAUGCCUGUGGACUUUUAAUAUCUGUACCAUUUUUAAUACUCACCAUAAUAGCUUUUUCAAUAACGCCUAAGUUAAGAGACGUUUAUGGAAAAAUACUUUGUCAUUAUUGCGGAUGUUUGGCGUUAGCUUUUACCGGUUUAGCAAUUACGCAACUUGGUGGCGUACAUUGGGAAGGUCAUACAUGUAUAGGCAUAGCCUUCGUUAUCCAAUUCUCGUUCAUGGCCUCUUAUUUCUGGUUGAACGUGAUGUGCAUUGAGACAUGGUUACUGAUACGAAAUCACGUUCAUCAUGCAGCAUAUAAAAAAAUCAAACCCAAUGUACUUUUCUUUUAUUACUCGAUAUGGGCUUGGGGUUCCGCUGGUAUUCUUAUUCUUUUAUCUAUAGUAUUGGAUCUCAACCCAACGAUACCUAUGAUAUACGUAAAACCUAACUUCAAUAGCGAUAAUGAAAGCUGUUGGUUUAAAUCGGAUACCCAAUCGAUGCCAUACUUUUACGUGCCAAUGGUGUUGCUUUUACUAGUCAAUUUAAUAAUUUUUAUUCUAACUGGAAUAACGAUAAGAAAAUACCAAAAGGAUCUCGCGAUUAGACGAUUAGCAAGAAAUCAAGAAUCCGAUCGGCAAGAUCAAAGAAUGUUUCGUAGUUUGAAAAGAACAUUUAUAGUCUGCUUAGUAUUAUUUUCUUUGAUGAGUUUAACUUUGACUAUGGAAUUGAUAUCCUGGUGGACCGGUGGUAAUCCCUUCGAUUGGUCGGUUUAUGAUUUGGUUAAUGCUCUGCAAGGUCUUCUUAUAUUUGGUCUUUUUGUAUUACGUAGACCAGCUCGAGAUUUUAUCUGGUACAGAAUACAAACACUACGUGGUAUCGAUACGGUCGAACCGCAAACUGACACCGCUGCUUUUAGUCUUCUUACUGUUAUCAAUUAAAAUUAGAAAAAAAUUAGUUAAUAAUUAAUUUAUGAGAGAUUAUUUGGUAUGACGUAAUUGACAACUGUAGAUUUGUGUCUCGUGUGUCUGUGUGUGUGUAUGUGAAUGUGUAUAUAUUGGGCAAGUUUUAUAUUAAAACAAUUAGACAUAAUAUUUUAUUGACGUCAAAUUCAAUUCGACAACGAACUGAUAGAACAAA